AUGUCUCAAGCAGAAUACGAAACGACUGCUGCUCGCAUCGAGGCGGAGACCUCUACUGCCAAACUCGCCAGCGAAGUCCACCACCAAGCAGAAAUUGCUCACAAGGCCGCUGUCGAUGCUGCUACCACCGCUCAGCACGUCGCUGCACCGGCUGGCACAAUUCCCGCAGGAGCCACCACGACUGCUGCGAACCUCGAGUCACAAGCUCCCACCAACUCUGCGGCUACGAACAUCCAUAGGACCGCUCAUGGAAUUCAAAGUGCUGCUGGGGAUGCAGCAUCAACUGCCUAUACGAAGGGAGAUGGGACUACCGACAGCACUAAGGACUCCGCAUACGCCCUCGGCAAGGACGCCAAAGCUACCACGGACGCUGCUGUGGCUGAAGGUCAGAGAGAUGUAGAGGCUGCGAAGGAGGCAGGUGCAGGCUACGUUUCCCAGGCAAAGGAUCUGGCCGCAAGCACGCUGGCUGCAGCUCAGGUCAAUUAUAACCUCACUGUCAUCGAAGCGUACCUUCCCCCAUCUGUGGGUGGCACAAACACCAGCAACUCCACCACUUCUAGUACCUCUCAGCCUAUGACGGACCAAGCUAGAGAUUUUGCGGGCAACGCCUUAGCGACAGCUCGGUCUUACCUCCCCAGCAGCGCUGGCGGUACGAAUCCAAGCCCCGCCACGUCCACCCAAACCUCAGGUACUACCGACAACGUCAAGUCAACGGCGGGGAACGCCGUAGCUGCUGCUCAGUCUGCCCUUGCACAAGCACAGGCAUUGGCCCGGCCUCAUGUCGAGCUCGCUCAAGCUAAGGCUCAGCCAGUCGUCGACUCCAUCCUGGAGAAGGCCCAGACCUACGUUGGCGGCGCCACUUCCUCACCUUCUGCCGUACCGUCGCACACAGCACCACUGGAGAGCGGACCGCAUAGUACAUCAACGCCCUACCCAGCGGAGACUGGCGGGGCUGUGAACGCUUCGAAAAUAGCAGAGAAUGAGAAGAGGGCUUGA